AUGCCAGGGUACGGGAGCCUUUAGUUGCUAGAGGAACACCCCCAAUGUCUCUCACCCUUGCCCUCUCCUCCGCCACCACAAUCACCGCCCCUUAACCAUGACUGGGCCAUGAACCCACCAUUCCACUCCCCAAUCCCACCACCAUUACAAAACUCCGACCAAAAACGACGGCGAGAACAACAAGAUUACCAACCCACCGAUCAUCACCAUCAUCGUCUUCACACCACCAAUAAUACUAGGUCCGAAUGGGACUUCUCUCUCUCCACUGUCGUCUCCUCCCCCACCGCCUCCACUGGCGGCGCAAUCUCCAACACUCUGGGAGUCAUCGAGUUCGACCCGUCGGAGACGAUUCUAGCCACCGGAGGCAUCGCCAGGAAGAUUAGAAUCUACAGCGUCAGCUCUCUGCUGCGAAGUGAUGAACAACCUGGGAACGACGUCGUUUCUUUAGACCACGCGGCUGCAUGCGACUAUUACAUUUGCACUCCCGCCAAGCUCAGCAGCCUCCGCUGGCGCUCCGGAUCGGGAGGCCGGGUCCUUGGGUCGGGGGACUACGACGGCGUCGUCACCGAGUACGACCUCGAAUCCCGCCUCCCCGUCUUCGAGCGCGACGAGCACGGCGGCCGCCGCGUCUGGAGCCUCGACUACUCCAAUUCCGAUCCCAGUCUCGGAGCAUCCGGAUCCGACGACGGCACCCUACAAAUGUGGGACCCGCGGUGCGACGGCGGCGACUCUGUGGCCAGAGUGGUUCCAUCUGAAGCGGGCAACCCGGUCUGUUGCGUUGAGUUUAAUCCCUUCGGCGGGCCCCUCCUGGCUGUCGGAUGCGCUGAUAGGAGAGCCUACGUGUACGACGCGAGGAGAAUGACGGCGGGACCGGUUUUGAGCUUCGACGGCCACGAUAAGACCGUGACGUACGUGAGGUUCCUUGACAGUCGUACGAUGGUUUCGGCCGGGACAGACGGGUGUCUAAAGAUGUGGAGCGCAGAAGACUCGCGGGAAAUUCGGACGUAUUCGGGUCAUACCAACAACCGGAGCUUUGUCGGGUUAUCGGUUUGGAGAAGCGGCGGGCUUCUCGGGUGCGGGUCGGAGAAUAAUCAGGUGUAUGUGUACGAUGUUAAGUGGGGUGCACCCGUUUGGGUGCAUGGGUUUGGACCAAUGGGAAGCGAUGACCGGGGGUUCGUGAGCAGUGUGUGCUGGCGGCAGAAGGGCGAUGAGGACCAGUGUACCCUCGUGGCGGGUGGAUCCGAUGGGGUUUUGCAGGUUUUUGAGGGUAGAAGAAAGUCAUUAGAUUUGGAUUAA